AUGUACCGGAGACAAAGAGCAAGACUAGACCCAAAUGUACCGGAGACAAAGAGCAAGACUCGUCCCAAAUGUACGGAGACAAAGAGCAAGACUACACCCAAAUGUACCGGAGACAAAGAGCAAGACUCGUCCCAAAUGUACGGAGACAAAGAGCAAGACUACACCCAAAUGUACGGAGACAAAGAGCAAGACUACACCCAAAUGGGCAAUGUUGGGGGUAGUAGUGAUGAUGAUAAUUCUUAUUUCAGGGACAAUGUUGGGGGUUGUAGUGAUGAUGAUAAUUCUUAUUUCAGGGACAAUGUUGGGGGUUGUAGUGAUGAUGAUAAUUCUUAUUUCAGGGACAAUGUUGGGGGUUGUAGUGAUGAUGAUAAUUCUUAUUUCAGGGGCAAUGUUGGGGGUAGUAGUGAUGAUGAUAAUUCUUAUUUCAGGGGCAAUGUUGGGGGUUGUAGUGAUGAUAAUUCUUCUUAUUUCAGGGACAAUGUUGGGGGUAGUAGUGAUGAUAAUUCUUAUUUCAGGGGCAAUGUUGGGGGUAGUAGUGAUGAUAAUUCUUCUUAUUUCAGGGGCAUUGUUGGGGGUAGUAGUGAUGAUAAUUCUUAUUUCAGGGGCAAUGUUGGGGGUUGUAGUGAUAAUUCUUUUUAUUUCAUGGACAAUGUUGGGGGCAAUAGUGAUGAUAAUUCUCUUUUCAGGGGCAAUGUUGGGAGUAGUAGUGAUGAUAAUUCAUAUUUCAGGGGCAAUGUUGGGGGUUGUAGUGAUAAUUCUUUUUAUUUCAUGGACAAUGUUGGGGGUAGUAGUGAUGAUAAUUCUUCUUAUUUCAAGGGGAAUGUUGGGGGUAGUAGUGAUGAUAAGUAUUCUUAUUUCAGGGACAAUGUUGGGGGUAGUAGUGAUAAUUCUUCAUAUUUCAGGGGCAAUGUUGGGGGUAGUAGUGAUGAUGAUGAUGAUGAUGAUAAUUCUUCUUAUUUCAGGGGCAAUGUUGGGGGUAGUAGUGAUAAUAAUUCAUAUUUCAGGGACAAUGUUGGGGGUAGUAGUGAUGAUAAUUCUUCAUAUUUCAGGGGCAAUGUUGGGGGUAGUAGUGAUGAUAAUUCUUCAUAUUUCAGGGGCAAUGUUGGGGGUAGUAGUGAUGAUAAUUCUUCUUAUUUCAGUGACAAUGUUGGGGGUAGUAGUGAUAAUUCUUAUUUCAGGGGCAGUGUUGGGGGUAGUAGUGAUGAUAAUUCUUCAUAUUUCAGGGGCAAUGUUGGGGGUAGUAGUGAUGAUAAUUAUUCUUAUUUCAGGGACAAUGUUGGGGGUAGUAGUGAUAAUUCUUCUUAUUAUUUCAGGGACAGUGUUGGGGGUAGUAGUGAUGAUAAUUCUUCAUAUUUCAGGGACAAUGUUGGGGGUAGUAGUGAUGAUAAUUCUUCAUAUUUCAGGGACAAUGUUGGGGGUAGUAGUGAUAAUUCUUCAUAUUUCAGGAACAAUGUUGGGGGUUGUAGUGAUGAUAAUACUUCUUAUUUCAGGAACAAUGUUGGGGGUAGUAGUGAUGACUAUUCUUAUUUCAGGGGCAAUGUUGGGGGUAGUAGUGAUGAUAAUUCUUCAUAUUUCAGGGGAAAUGUUGGGGGUAGUAGUGAUGAUAAUUCUUAUUUCAGGGACAAUGUUGGGGGUAGUAGUGAUGAUAAUUCUUAUUUCAGGGGCAAUGUUGGGGGUUGUAGUGAUGAUAAUUCUUCAUAUUUCAGGGGCAAUGUUGGGGGUAGUAGUGAUGAUAAUUAUUCUUAUUUCAGGGACAGUGUUGGGGGUAGUAGUGAUGAUUAUUCUUAUUUCAGGGACAAUGUUGGGGGUAGUAGUGAUGAUAACUCUUCAUAUUUCAGGGACAAUGUUGGGGGUAGUAGUGAUAAUUCUUCAUAUUUCAGGGACAAUGUUGGGGGUAGUAGUGAUGAUAAUUCUUCAUAUUUCAGGGACAAUGUUGAGGGUAGUAGUGAUGAUAAUAAUUCUUAUUUCAGGGACAAUGUUGGGGGCAGUAGUGAUGAUAAUUAUUCUUAUUUCAGAGACAAUGUUGGGGGUAGUAGUGAUGAUAAUUCUUCAUAUUUCAGGGGCAAUGUUGGGGGUAGUAGUGAUGAUAAUUAUUCUUAUUUUAGGGGCAGUGUUGGGGGUAGUAGUGAUAAUUCUUCAUAUUUCAGGGGCAAUGUUGGGGGUAGUAGUGAUGAUAAGUAUUCUUAUUUCAGGGACAAUGUUGGGGGUAGUAGUGAUGAUAAUUCUUCAUAUUUCAGGGACAAUGUUGGGGGUAGUAGUGAUAAUUCUUCAUAUUUCAGGGGCAAUGUUGGGGGUAGUAGUGAUGAUGAUGAUGAUGAUGAUGAUGAUAAUUCUUCUUAUUUCAGGGGCAAUGUUGGGGGUAGUAGUGAUAAUAAUUGA